AUGGGGGUAGCUCGGGAGCCCUUUUUGGGUCUAGCUCGAGAGCCAUUCAUGGGUCGGACUCAGAGAGCCCUUCAAAAGGGUCAGUACUUGGGUGAAUUAUCUGGAAGAGAAGGAUUCUGUAUCAGCCCCAAGAGUAGAGGAACCAUCACGCUUAAGUCAACAAAUGUACACGAUCAUCCAAAUAUUGAUCCUCAGUUUCUGUCACAUCCAGAUGAUGUCAUUGCUCUUGUUAAAGGGAUAAAGGUCGCCUUGGUGGUGGGCAACACCUCAGCCUUCAUCAACAACUUUGGAACUAAGUUUUAUGAUAAGCCUCUCCCUGGGUGCACCGGUGAAAUACACGGUUCCGAUUCCUACUGGGUUUAUGUCCAUCACAUGUCUACAACUUUCUGCCAUCUUACUGGGGACUGUAAGAUGGCACCAGCUUCAGAUCCUCAUAGUGUGGUGGAUCAUACACUAAGGGUUCGUGGAGUGGGAGGACUGAAAGUAGUGGAUGCCUCCAUUAUGACGUUUAUUACCACUGCUAAUACAAAUGCUCCUACUAUUAUGAUUACCGAGAAGGGAAUAGAGAAAACUCGACAAGUACCUCGACCAUAUGUAGGAUAA